GAGACAAUAAAAUUAGACAAUUUUUUCUUUAUCUCUAUCCUAAUAUUUACAUCCAGACCUAGACGUUUUGACGUUCGACGUUUAGUUGAUAUUAUUAAUAAUUAUAAUAAAUAAUUAAUUUAAAAUGGGUUGUGAUGGUGGAACUAUUCCACGUCGAGAUGAGCUGGUGAGAUUGAAAAAAAAACCUGAACAAAAAGACAAGGAUUCAGAACUAGCAUUUAGAUGGAGACAUUGCACAAUAAAGCAGAUGCCACUUCAACAACCGAUAGUGAGCUGUGGACUUGGAAAACUCUACAGCAAGGAAGCUGUCAUCGAGGGACUGCUUGAUCGAAGUAUUUUGCCAGAGACUGCUGUCCAUAUUAAGAGCUUGAAAGACGUUAAGACACUUAACUUGACCCCUAAUCCUGCUUAUGAUGACAGUAAGGCUGAGAAAGGUGACUGCUAUGUAGACGAAGCUAAGAGUCCGUUUAUUUGUCCAAUUAUUGGGCUGGAGAUGAAUGGCAAAUACAAGUUUUGCUACCCGUGGACUUGCGGAUGUGUGAUGAGUGAACGUGCUCUCAAACAAGUUAAAUCUACUGUUUGUCACCGUUGUCAAGUUCCAUUUGAGUCCAAAGACAUCGUGAUAAUGAACGCAGAAGCUGAUGAUCUAGAUCUAAUGAUACAAAAUAUGCAGACGAGGAAAUCAAAGAAGUCAAAACGCAGCCGUGAAGCAGCAAAUCAAGAUGACGGUGUUGAUAAAAAGAAGAAGAAGGAUGAAAAAGAAAAAGCUGGAACAAGUAAAGUAUAUAAAAAUUCAACUUCGACUUCAUCUUCAACAGGAACUAGUUCGUCAAAUAAAUUAAACGAGCCCGUAGAUCCAGCUUUCAAUAAAGUCAAAGACGAUUACAGUAUCGCUAAGGAUCCAAAUGCUUCUGAAGUACUUAAAAGUAUUUUUACCUCUCACAAAUCAGCUGCCGAGCAAACGAAAGCUCACUGGGUCACCUAUAAUCCCUUUUACAAUUAAUUAGUUAGUAAUAUUAAUUAUUAAUAAUAAUAAUAAAUUAAUUAAUAAAUUAUUAAUAAAUAAAAAUUA